GCCAUGGCCGGCCGGGGCUGCAGCUGCGGCCCCGGGCACCUGAACGAGGACAACGCGCGCUUCGCGCUGCUGGCCGCGCUCAUCCUGCUCUACCUGCUGGGCGGCGCCGCCGUGUUCUCGGCGCUGGAGCUGGCGCACGAGCGCCAGGCCAAGCAGCGCUGGGAGGAGCGCCUGGCCAACUUCAGCCGCGGCCACAACCUGAGCCGCGACGAGCUGCGCGGCUUCCUCCGCCACUACGAGGAAGCCGCCCGCGCGGGCGUGCGCGUGGACAGCGUGCGUCCGCGCUGGGACUUCACCGGCGCCUUCUACUUCGUGGGCACCGUCGUGUCCACCAUAGGGUUUGGAAUGACGACCCCGGCGACAGUCGGAGGGAAGAUCUUCCUGAUCUUCUACGGCCUCAUCGGGUGUGCCAGCACCAUCCUCUUCUUCAACCUCUUCCUGGAGCGUCUCAUCACCGUCAUCGCCUACAUCAUGAGGUCCUGCCAUCAGCGCCAGCUGCGCAGACGGGGAGCGCUGCCCCAGGACAGCCUGAAGGCCCCCAGGAAGGGCGAGGCGGACAGCCUGGCGGGCUGGAAGCCCUCGGUGUACUAUGUCAUGCUGAUCCUGUGCUCGGCCUCGGUGCUCAUCUCCUGCGGAGCAUCAGCCCUCUACACUCCUAUGGAAGGCUGGAGCUACUUCGACUCGCUCUACUUCUGCUUUGUGGCUUUUAGCACCAUUGGCUUUGGGGACCUGGUCAGCAGCCAGAACGCCCAGUAUGACAACCAGGGCCUCUACCGCUUCGCCAACUUCGUCUUCAUCCUCACGGGCGUCUGCUGCAUCUACUCCUUGUUCAACGUCAUCUCCAUCCUGAUCAAGCAGACGGUGAACUGGAUCCUGAGGAAGAUAGACGGCCGGUGCUUCCAACAGUGCCAGCGGAGACUCCUGCCGUCCAGGCGGAACGUGGUGAUGCCGGGCAACGUGCGCAGCAAGGGCAACAUCUCCAUAGAGACGGACGGGGUGGCGGAGAGCGACACGGACGGCCGUCGCCUCUCGGGGGAGAUGAUCUCCAUGAAGGACUCCAACAAGGUCUCGCUGGCCAUCCUGCAGAAGCAGCUGUCAGAGAUGGCCAAUGGCGGCCCCCACCAGCCCAGCACGCAGGCCCUGGAUGAUGAGUUCUCUGGAGGCGUGGGCGCCUUUGCCAUCAUGAACAAUAGGUUGGCAGAGACCAGUGGGGACAGGUAGAAGCGGGGCGGGGCCAGCGCGGUGGGCGGGGCCGGCGCGGUGGGCGGGGCCGGCGCGGUGGGCGGGGCCGGCGCGGUGGGCGG